CGCCUCGCCAUGAAGCGGCAGAACCUGCGCACGGCCGCGCUCAUCCUCUGCAUCUUCUCCUACCUGCUCGUGGGCGCCGCCGUCUUCGAUGCGCUCGAGUCGGAGGCGGAGAGCGGCCGCAAGCGGCUGCUGGAGCAGAAGCGCGGCGAGCUGCGCAGGAAGUACCGCUUCUCGGCCGCCGACUACCGCGAGCUCGAGCGGCUCGUGCUGCAGGCCGAGCCGCACCGCGCCGGCCGCCAGUGGAAGUUCGCCGGCUCCUUCUACUUCGCCAUCACCGUCAUCACCACCAUCGGUUAUGGACAUGCUGCCCCAGGCACCGACGCUGGCAAAGUCUUCUGCAUGUUCUACGCGAUCCUCGGCAUCCCCCUCACCCUGGUCAUGUUCCAGAGCCUGGGCGAGCGCAUGAACACCGUUGUCAGGCUGCUGCUCAAGAAGAUAAAGAAAUGUCUGGGCAUGAGGACAACCAACGUCUCCAUGGAAAACAUGGUCUUGGUCGGCUUUCUCUCCUGCAUGGGGACCCUCUGCAUCGGCGCAGCGGCCUUCUCUUAUUUCGAGGGCUGGACUUUCUUUCAUGCCUACUAUUACUGCUUCAUCACCUUGACCACCAUCGGCUUCGGAGACUUUGUGGCUCUGCAGAAGAAUGAAGCUCUGCAAAAAAAGCCCCCGUACGUGGCCUUCAGCUUCAUGUACAUCCUGGUGGGCCUGACCGUCAUCGGCGCCUUCCUCAACUUGGUGGUGCUGCGGUUUCUGACGAUGAACUCGGAGGACGAGCGGCGCGACGCCGAAGAGAGGGCGUCCCUGCGCAGGGCCCGGAACAACGUCCACCCGAGCCCCAAGGAGGGCGGCCGCAGCAGCAACGCUAUCUUCCUCUCCGUGGAAGACAGGACGAGCCAGAUGAACCUCAUCCCGCUGAUGCAGGAGGACGCGGAGCGGCAGCGGCGCCAGUCGGCCAACGCGGCCGCCAAGGUGCCCUCCUUCUGCACGUGCCUGUGCUACCGGCCGCAGCGGUGCGGCAGCCCCGUGCCCUCCCACCCCGAGGCCCUGGGCUGCCACACCAACCCCGUCUACUACAACUCCAUCUCCUACAAAAUCGACGAGGUCUCCCUGAGCACCAGGGGCCAGACCGGCUCUUCCCCAGGGAGCACCUUGUCGUCCAACAGCCCCCGCUGCCGGCAGCAUUCCCGCCCGCGGAGGAAAUCCAUCUAGGAGCACGGGCUCCGGGCGGGCGCGUGCUGAGCCGUAUCYGGCUGCCCAAGGCGUGUUUGGGUGAUGAAUUAUUAACUGAGAAAUCAGGUCACUGUUUUUGCUCGCGUUUCUGCUGUUCCACCCCGUUUUCAGCUGGCGGCAGCCYGCUCGGCACAGGGGCCGCAGGAUCCUUUAGGCCCUGCUGAUAAAUAAUCCUUCCGUUUUGCAGGACCGGCCAAACUGAAUUACACAUCGUUAGUUUUCUCUGCUUUUUCACCCCAAAUGGAUUCAAGUACUUGGCCCUGGCAAGAGGCCUCCAUGCGAUGUGGGAUCCAGCACAGGGAGCGUUCGCUUUCCCAGGCAGGCUGCAGUGUCGCCUUUGCUGGAGGUGGCUCCUCCAGCCAUCUCCAUCGGCCAUCCCUCCACAGCUCAGCUGUGCUAGGGACAGCGGGGAGGUGUCCUGAGCCGUAUAAAGCCACCUGUGAAGCAUUUGGCCCUGAUUAGGUCAUUAGCUAAACCCCUUUUUCCUUCCUCACCUGCACUUGCCCCUCUCCAUGCCUGCACAAGCCCUUGGCUCCACGYGGGCAGUGCUGGGGAUGGGGCAGUGGGGACCCCCCUGGUUGGGCUGCCCGGCUCCACCAGGCUCCUUCCACCCAGAGAGCCCRUUUUGGAGCCCGUUUUGGGCACCUCUGGAGCGCAGGAGCAGGUGCCGGCCCUGGCUCCUCACGUUGCCCUCACCUCCCACAUGGCACAUGCUCAUCC